AUGGACAACAGCAGAAGGCUCAGCAGCAGCAGAAGCAGGCCGGUAUCCCACCAGGUGGUGAAGGCGGAGACAGGCGCCACCGCUGGGGGUUCCCUCCUGGUUCUCUCGGGGGUGACCAUUGCCGCGACUGUGAUAGCUCUCACUCUGGCCACUCCCUUGCUGGUCCUUUUUAGCCCAGUUCUGGUGCCUGCUGUAAUAAAAAUUUUCAUGUUGGGUUUUGGUUUUCUGACUUCGGGAGGCUUCACGGUGGCGGGCAUCGGCGUUUUCUCUUGGAUUUACAAGAUGGUGACAGGAAGACACCAGCCUGCGGCUGAUCAGGUGGCGUUUAAGGUGGAACAGUUUGGGAAGCAACGCACCUCCGGUUCUCAAGCUUCUUAA